AUGAGGUUGGGAAAGCGACACUGCUUGGGCAUCACUCCGCCACGGCAGACGGGAGAGUUCCUGAGCCGAAGCAGGCCCGACCGAGGCCGAAUCUCAAAGCGAGCUGACAGCCAUCCCAACCCCAGCUGGCAGCUGAUCUCGCUCUCGGUCGACCAGGCUGGCGGUCUCCUAGCUCAGCUCGGGCACUUGGGGACCGUGGUCUUGCGGCCCCCAGAUUCCCCCGCCACCACCACCACCAACCCAAAAAAGCGCAAGAUGUUCUCGUUCUUUGCUCAACGCACUGUCAUCGUUGUGGCUGGCUUGCCCACUGCAUACUACGCAGCCAACUCGGUAAUCAGUAACAAGAAAAACCUCAGCCAACCUGGCCCAUCAUCCUCCGCUCAGCUGCACUUUCCUACUGUUGAGCGUAGCAACGGGGGGAUCUGA